AUUAAUUGCAACUUUGAUCGUCGUUUUGUUUCACGUUUCGAUUACACCUUGUUCCAAGUAACAUUACCAUGGAUAUUCAUGAAGCUGAUUGUGGACAUGAAAUUUUGGAAACAAGUCCAAUUUAUAUACACAAGUGCCUUGGGUCAUUUUGCAGUGAAUGCAAGGAAGGUUCAAAUCAACAAUGCCAAGUCUGUCGUGACAUGUACAAAGAUGAUGACCUGAUCAAAUUGGAGGGUGUAUCAACAUGUGAACAUGAUGAUACAUGUCUAAAUGAGCCAAGAUUUUUUUGUUAUUGUGUUUCACAAAAUCUUUGUGAGCCUCAUCUCAUUCAUGUUCACGGGAAAAUUAUUACAUCAAAAAGAUGCACACCAAAGAUCAGCGUUUCUACUUGUGAAACCCCAUGUAUCAAGUGUGACAAGUUCAUCGCGACCCAUGUUAACGAGGAUAACAAUGAAUUAUUAUGCGAAGGAUGUGUACGUGAACAUGGACUUACACGUGUGAAACAUUUGAACAAAAAUUCAAGUGAAAAUGUUAAACAUGAUCAUGAUUUCAACCUCUUCAAAAGUGCAGUAGAGAAAAGACUCGCUUUACAGUUGAAAAGAUGUGAUGCUUUCAAGAAUGAAAUCAAAGUGGAAGAGAACAAGUGCCAAGAAAUGGUCAAGAAUCUCGGCUCGAUUAUUGAAUCAUGUACACAUGAUAACAGGAAAAAACUUGAAUCUCUUGAAUCUUCAGUGAAUUAUGCUCAAAAGUUCAUGGAAAACUUGACUAAAAAGGAACAUGAAAUCUCAUCUUACAUUGAUAAAAACAAAGCUAAUAUUGCAGAAGUUGAAAAUAAGCUCAAACCUUGGGUUAAGCAGCUUUUACAAUCGUUCGAGACUCCAGUUGUAAACAGAGUCAUUAUUGACUUUCAAGAAAAAACCAAUGAUCAUGUUACACGUAUAAAUCUGCGACCAGUUUCGCACUCGAUUCAAGAAGACAUUCUACCAUGUAACCAAGAAGCAUCAUCAUCGAUACACACGUUCGCAGAGUUUAUUACACGAAGAGCAAUCAAUCAAUGCAGAGAUCACUUUGCUCAUACUGAACCAUGUGGAGAAGCUGAUUGUUAUUGCAGAUAUUACACAAAUCGAGAUUCAAGUUCUGCUGGACCAUCCACAUCGAAACGUGCUAAAACUACUCAUGCAACCAAGGAACAUGAUGAGUUUGAUCCAUGUGUUUAUACUGAUGAAGAAUCUGAACCAGAAUAUGAUGAAAGUGAUCAUGGAAUCGUUGCUAUGAAUCGUAGCAUCGAAAUGCCACAUUCAUCACCACUCAUCCGACUGGAAAAUACACAAGAAAUCAUGGUCAAGAUAACUUAUCUACGGUGUCCAUUAUGGUUUUUCUUGGAAAUACCAGAAAUGGUCGAGAUACGAGCAAAAAUCAUGAAUGAUCUCAAUGACCCAAGUAAAUUACAUGUUCCCGUAUUAACGGUAAAACAACAUUCAAGAGUUUUGGUGAAGGAUCGUCAAGGUUUCGGGCCAAGAAUGAAACGAGCUCUCAUAAAAUCAUAUAACAUGGAGAAAGGAACAUGGCUCGUGAAAUUCAUUGACUUUGGUAACGACGUUAAUGUGAAACGUGAACAAAUACACGAACUUCCGGAAGAGUAUCAAGAUAUUGAUUCAACAUGCUUCAGGGCAUGUUUAAUGGGAGUUAAGCCUCGGUCCAACUUUUGCUUCACCCAAAAAGUUCCUCGAAAUGCCACAAGCCACAUCAAUAAGUAUCUUCUAGAAAAAAGUGGCCGAGUUCUAGUUACAAGAGAAUAUCAAACAAUGGAUGAUGCUACGUUUUGCAAAGUAUCUAGUUUUAUCAAAAACAAAAAAGUUGACUGGGCUAAAGAGCUUUGUGAGGCCAAUCUUGCCCUACCAGUAUCGGAAGAGCCCAAAUGUUUCCUGGCAAGUGAAAAUUUUUGUUACUUAUUCCAUUAUUUCAUGAAGUGCCAUGAAACAUGUGAACGUGUUCAUAAGUGUCCAUUUUGUUCCGAAAAUCAUGCUCUUGGUUCAUGCCAAGCUUACCAUAGAGAGCUUAUCACUAAAGAAAGUAAAAGGAAAUGAUCAUGAAAAAACAAUUCAUGCUUUCUUGUUCUCAAGUUUCAUGUUUAAUGUUUUAUGCUUAUCCCCAAAAAUACAUCAUUCAUUGUUGUUCAAGUUAACAAAAGACAUGGUUUGAUCAAAAUAAAGUUUCUCAAAUUUUCAUCUUUAUAUUUGAACAGUUUGACUAUUUUCGUAUCUACUGUCAAGUAUUCAUGUGACCUGUUUAUACCAAUACAACGUGUGAACGUGUUCAAAUUAGCAGCGAUAUUCAGAUUUCCAUCGUUAUGAUUCAUUGAAUUCAUGAAACAAGGAUUUUCUAAAAUCAGUUUGUUAACCAUUAAGAUCGUUUUUUGCUCACAAAAAUAGAUUUUCGUAAUUGAAAAACAUGUAUCAUCAUUCACCAUGAUCAAUGAAUUGCAUCGAGUCUGAUUUUCGUCGUAACUUGAUGUAGUGAACAUGCGAUUCAUGAAAUUGAUGAUUUGCAAUUCAUGUACACAUGUUGCAUCGUAACCAUUGGUAAGUAGAAAAGAGGCUAAAGAUUCAGGUAAUAAGUGAAUUUUUCUACUCUUCUUGUUCAUGAUGAAUUGACCAUGACCAUAUUCAACAUGAAAAUACAACUUCUCAUAAUCACUUAGUCCAUUCGCAACUUGACUCAAACAUAAAUUAUGAUGCAAUCGUAUUUCAUGUUGAUUUGAUAUCAAUUGCGGUAGAUCAACAAACUUUCUACAGUUUUUCUUGAUUAUUCCCAUUUCGUUUUCCGAGUUGAAAGCUGAGAAAGAAUUAGCCGGUCCAAGAAA